AUGCAGGCCGCGGUGCACGCCAUGGCACCGCAAUUGCUGCCCCAGUACACCCACACCCUCAACCGUCCUCUCAACGGCAAUCUCAACGCCAUGCCCACACCCCCAGUCGCAACGCGCAAGCGCAAACGUGCCCACCAGUAUACCGUCAGCUACAGCGAAGUCCAAGAGGUCGACAGUGCCGGCAAGGUUCGCGACGUCAUUGUCAUCGAGGACACUCCUCCGCCUUCUACCAUUUCCCCGUCCACGACCCAUAUGUACUCGUCGUCGUACCAACCCCCGGUUUACUCCGCACCUAUCCGCACGAGGGCUCGAGCAGCGGCGGAAGCGCAAGCCCUCUCCGCUAGCACGUCGUCGCUCACCGUUGGCGUACCAGCAGCUAAGAAACGACGGAGGGAUCCUGCUGAUGACGCGGGCACUCUCUCCAAGCGGGUCCACAAUGGUCAUCUCCAACAUGCUGUGGGUGCAAACAAAUCUUAUGCAGAUGGCAGCGGGACUGCCGCAGAUGAUGCUUCUAAAGAAGGGGCAUCCUGUGACGACAAAGAGGGACACUAUAUAAUUGUCCCUGACGAUAUCAUCAAUCGACGAUACCGUACCGUUCGUCUUUUGGGACAGGGGACGUUCGGCAAGGUUGUGGAGGCCGUCGACAUAGAAUCAAGUCGUAGAGUGGCCAUCAAGAUUAUUCGUGCUAUUCCCAAAUACCGCGAUGCGAGUAAGAUGGAAGUACGAGUACUACAGAAACUCAAGGAGCGCGAUCCCAAGAACAUAAACAAAUGCAUUCAUCUGUUGCAAUGGUUCGACCAUCGAAACCAUAUCUGCCUAGUCUCAGAACUACUGGGCAUGUGUGUGUAUGAUUUCCUGAAGGAGAAUGAUUUUGCGCCUUUUCCUCGACAGCACAUACAAUCAUUUGCCCGACAACUUCUCGGGAGUGUAGCAUUUCUUCACGAUCUCCAUCUUAUCCAUACGGAUCUGAAGCCAGAGAAUAUCUUAUUAGUUAACAAUGGUUAUCGAGUUGUCCAGAUUCCUGUAGCAGGAACUCGGCGUAAUGCGCCACUGCGGACGAAACGUAUACUAGAUUCUACGGACAUUCGUCUAAUCGACUUCGGGUCUGCUACUUUUGAGGAAGAAUAUCAUUCAAGCGUGGUAUCAACGCGUCACUAUCGAGCCCCUGAGAUUAUUCUCGGGCUAGGCUGGUCAUACCCCUGCGACGCAUUUUCGUUGGGGUGUAUCCUUGUGGAGUUCUAUACUGGAAUAGCUCUCUUUCAGACUCAUGACAAUCUCGAGCAUCUUGCCAUGAUGGAGCAGGUAAUGGGUAAAAUGCCGGAGCGUUUCGCACGAGCUGGUGCGCGCCAUAAACCCGAGUUUUUCAAGGAGGGAAAACUGGAUUGGCCUAAGCCAAAGGUAUCAAGGCAAAGUAAAAAGGAUGUGCGUGCCUGCCGGAGUUUACAGGAGAUAAUUCCCCCAACGGACAUGAUUAAUCGACAGUUCCUCGACCUCGUCAGGAGGCUUCUUACUUUCGAUCCUGCACAGCGGACAUCCGUACGGGAAGCUCUCAACCACCCAUAUUUUUCGCUACAAUCACCGAACGAACUGUGA